GAAAACAAAAGAUUUUUUUUUGAAACGCUGGUGAUUUGGCAAAAAGAAAUGCGUCCGCUUCCUGUUUGUUUGCUAUCGUUGGCUGUGACAUACAAAGCUCUCUCUCUCUCUGUGUCUCUCAUCCUCCAAGAUUUCUCCCAGUGCCAGCCUCCUUAUUGGACUGUUCAUCCAUUAUAAAUGAGAGCUGACAUCACGGGUUAGGCUGGGUUAAUCAGAUUGCAAAAAAAAAGGUUCUCGGGCUUCCUCUGCUACUGACGCUUCACCCACUGCAGCAGUACAACAGCGAGCCCAUCUCCCCGUUUCCUACAGGCACCAUCCCCUAUUUACUCACUGGAGGAUUCUCGCCAGCCCCCAGCAACCCUCCCCCUCCCAUUUCAGUCCAGAAAUAAUUUCUGCAUGACUGUCACAAAGAUGUCAUGGCGCCCACAGUACCGCAGCUCCAAGUUCAGGAAUGUCUAUGGCAAGGCAGCGAGUCGGGAGCACUGCUUCGACGGCAUCUCCAUCACCAAGAACGUUCACGACAACCACUUCUGUGCCAUCAACCCCAAGUUCCUCGCCAUUGUCACUGAGAGUGCGGGUGGAGGGUCCUUUCUCGUCAUUCCCCUCGAACAGACGGGCCGAAUAGAUCCGCUUUACCCAAAGGUCUGUGGUCACCAGGGAAAUGUUCUGGACAUUAAAUGGAACCCAUUCGUGGACAAUGUUCUCGCUUCUUGUUCCGAAGACACUUCCGUGAGAUUAUGGGAAAUCCCUGAUGGCGGCCUGAAACGGAAUAUGACGGAAUCUGUGCUCGAACUGUACGGACACAGUCGGAGAGUUGGCCUUAUUGAGUGGCACCCCACAACCAACAACAUCCUGUUCAGCGCAGGCUAUGAUUACAAGAUGCUGAUCUGGAACCUAGACAUUGGCGAGCCUGUGAAGAUGAUAGACUGUCAUACAGAUGUCAUCCUCUGCAUGUCCUUUAACAUUGAUGGAAGCCUGUUUGCUACGACCUGCAAGGACAAGAGGCUGAGGGUGAUCGAACCCCGGUCAGGUAAAGUACUACAGGAAGCAAAUUGCAAGAAUCACAAAGUGAACCGUGUGGUGAUCCUGGGAAAUACAAAGAGGUUGCUCACCACAGGUGUGUCCAGAUGGAACACCAGGCAGAUUGCCCUCUGGGAUCAGGAAGACUUAUCAAUGCCAAUAAAAGAGGAGGAAAUCGAUGGACUCUCGGGACUCUUGUUUCCCUUCUAUGAUGUUGAUACUCACAUGCUUUAUUUAGCUGGAAAGGGAGAUGGCAACAUUAGAUAUUAUGAAAUUAGCACAGAGAAGCCGUACCUUCACUAUCUGAUGGAAUAUCGUUCACCUGCUCCACAGAAAGGGAUGGGUGUGAUGCCAAAACAUGGGCUGGACGUGUCCAUCUGCGAGGUGUUCAGGUUUUAUAAGCUGGUUACGCUGAAAGGAGUAAUUGAGCCGAUCUCCAUGAUAGUGCCAAGAAGGUCUGAAACAUACCAAGAGGAUAUCUACCCGAUGACACCUGGGACUGAACCUGCACUCACAGCCGACGAGUGGCUCAGCGGCAUGAACAGAGACCCAAUUCUCAUGUCUUUGAGGGAAGGUUACAAAUCAACAAACGUUGCGUUCAAGGUACCUAAAAAGGACAAGAAAAGUGUCGUUGUUAACGGAAUUGACCUUUUAGAAAAUGUGCCUCCUCGAACAGAGAAUGAGCUCCUCCGAAUGUUCUUCCGACAGCAAGACGAGAUCCGCAGACUGAAGGAGGAGCUGACGCAGAAGGACGUGAAAAUACGGCAACUGGAAUUGGAGCUGAAAAACCUGCGAAACGACCCAAAGAGCACCUGAGCUGGCAUCCACUCCCCCACCCCUCCUGCAAACCACCGAAAUACUGUAACCUACAGGCUAUAAGAACCCCAGUAUUAUAGGACAUGUUUAACAAAAAACACACACACAUAGAAUCCUUCCCCACUUUCCCGAAAGACAAGAUAAACUGAAAAUCACACAUUUUUUUUUAAACAAAAAAUUGUUCAGUUAUGUGCACAACUUAAUGCAAGAUCCUAGAUGGUCUAUGCACUGUAUCCCAGCAGGUACCUGGCGAGCUAAUCUCCUGUUCUCAUCAACAACUUUGAGACAUAUAUUUAAAACAUUUCUGUGCUAGUGAACUGUUUUACAUUAAAUACUCCAAGGUGCCUCACAGAUAACGUCUUUGUGAGCUUUGCCCAUGCAGCUAUUAGGGUUAAAGCUAAAUUUUAAUAUGUGAAUUUAGAACAAAAGCAGGCCAUUCGGUCCAUCAGAUCUACUCCUUGUACAGUCCAUGUAUCACUACCUCAAUCGUGGACUCUCCUCCUCAAUUUAACCAUAGUUGUGUCAGCUGCAUUCCACAAUAUUAACCUCUAACUCGUAUAUCAGGGUAAGGACAGUACACUUACUAAUGAAGGAACACCAAAAGCUGAGCCCCACGGCUUUCAUACUAAGCUAGUCACCGUCUGAAAUUAGAGUGUCCCAAAAUGGAAAAAGCGCUGAUGAUAGCAGAUUCUCAAAAUCGUGGGGAGCUAUGGCAGAAUUAGAAUGGAAUAUUAUUGCUACAUUGUCUAAGUACUCCAAAAUAUGUCCCCAUGUCUCCUUACUUCAACACCAGCUAGAGCUGACGGGAUAGAAGUAUCCCCUGUGUAAUCCCCAGUCUGAACCCCCGCUCUCUGUAACCUCCAGUCAGGCUCCCCCUCUGUAAUCUCCAGUCAGACUCCCCCUCUGUAAUCCCCAGUCAGACCCCCCCUCUAUAAUCUGCAGUCAGACCCCGUCCCUGUAAUCCCCAGUCAGACCGCCCCCCUGUAAUCUGCAGUCAGACCCCACCCCUCUCUGUAUUCUGGAGUCAGGCUCCCCCUCUGUAAUCUGCAGUCAGAACCCCCGCUCUCUGUAAUCUGCAGUCAGGUUCCCCCUCUGUAAUCUGCAGUCAGGUUCCCCCUCUGUAAUCUCCAGUCAGACUCCCCCUCUGUAAUCCCCAGUCAGACCCCCCCUGUAACCCGCAGUCAGACCCCGCCCCUCUCUGUAAUCUGCAGUCAGGCUCCCCCUCUGUAAUCCCCAGUCAGACCCCCCUCUAUAAUCUGCAGUCAGAACCCCUUCUCUGUAAUCACCAGUCAGACCCCCCCCCCCAGUAAUCCCCAGUCACACCCCCACCUCUGUAAUCCCCAGUCAAACUCCUCCUCUGUAAAGCCAGUCAGAUUCCCUCUGACUUGUUUGGUAAACACACAGCUCCAAACUGCCCACUGUGAGCUUUACCCAUGCAAUUACUAGAGUUAAAGCUAUGUUUUAAGAUAAGAGAACUAAGAACAAGAGCAGGCCAUUCAGCCCCUUUAAAUCUACUUACAGUUUGACUUUGAGCACUUUGAAGGUUUUAAGAUUGUCUAGCGAUGGAAGUGGAAAUGUCCCACUAUGAUGCAGUAAAGGGUGGCUGCGCCUAACCCUUGGCUUACUAUUAUGGUAGAUUGGAUGUGCUGUAUUAGAGCUGGGUACUUGGGAAACAAGCGAUGGGGUGAAAUGGAGGUGCUGACUCCAACCCUGCCCCCCAGUACAGACAGUCCGUACAGAUUGAGCUCAAAAAUAUCUCACCCCACACAAUCUUUAACUUUAGUGAAUGGCAACCGCCAGAUACUGCAACUCUUAACAAGGAUCUUCUGCUAUAGGAAAUUGUUCAAAGGUUUGAUAAUAAAGCCUCGAGUUUCCUUUAAAGAGGACAUUGCAACCCCUUUAGGGCUUUUGGACCCAGGUUUAUUAUUGAUCAGGGACAGGCAGCUCUGUUGAAAUUCGCUUCUUGGACGGUAGGUUCCACUUGAAAUAUAAUCUAGACCUGACAUGAAGUCUGUCUUUUGAAUGAUUGUGUAUACAGGAAUAAAACAGUUGACCCAUGCAAGGGUCUAAGCACAUAAAUAUUGGGCAGAAAGGUAAGUUGAGGCAAGUGAAAUCUACCUGAAACCCCAGUUUUGUCCUUUCACCUCUGACAUCUAAAAGAACAGCAUUUCUCCCAUCUUCCAGUUGCAAGGGUUCCAACAUGAAAUGAUCUUGGGCUCUCUCGGUUCCUGUUCCAGCUUGCUUGACCCUUUUUUUGACAGUAAUAAGCACUGUCUCUCACAGAUAGUCUUGAGAAGGCCAGAGUGUGGCCAAUGGAAAUAAUGAAACUCUGAAGCAGUAAGGAGAUGUUCUUUGAAGUUGAUGUUGAGGCCCAUUGUUGGGAUAGUGUGGAGGAAAUGUUACUCUGCCUAAAACUGCACUUGAGGAUCUUUGACCUUUUUUAUGAGAAAGCGGCCAAUCACAUUGCAGAGGCCUCAAGCUGCAGUGGGAAAAUGUGCUGUCAAAUUUGUGGUGACAUUUUCUCCACUUCCCUGCAACAUCUGGUGAAAAGGCCUCAUUUCCCUUUCACAUAAUAUCUACAAACAAGUAGCAAGACUAGAGAGCUCUGAUCCAGCUGAUUACAAUACACUACCUCCAACCUUCUCAUCUUCAAUUGGCCUGAAUUAUACACCUGAUCCCAGACAAGGUUUAAACUAUAAAUGAGAAUAAAUGAACACUACAUGCUGUAUGUUCAUAACUGCUCGAUGGUACAUUUCUUGUUGUUGAAAAGGGAGCCAUGAUGGAAGCUUUCCUCUUGCCCUCAUCAGGACACCUGCAAGAAUGCCAAAUUUCAAGUGAUUACAACUAUUUAUUCUGCAGGAGAAAAGAAUACUAAUUGGCUGGCAGAUUGAUUCUGAUUUUUGUGAUUACUUGAAAUUUGACAUUCUUUUGUUUGUCUUGAUGAGUAAGGGAUGUAGUCACGUGUAUCUCUUGCAAUAAUUAUGGUAAUUACAAGAUUCAUUCAGCUUCUGAAAAUGAAAACAGGCCUCUUCUGCGCAAUUGAAUUAUUUUGCAAAACGUCGUUUAGGAUGGGGCACUAUCACAGGUCUUCUGAUUAGUUUGUUGUUCCAAGAGCAACUCCGACUGACUGAGCCAUUGGCAGGAGUUCAGCUAACAUCUGACUCCAGUUCCUCAACUGAUACUCUUGAACAAAGAGCGUUGAAACUAUGUGGGGAAGAUGCUGAUAGCCCAAAGACUGAAAGUGGUCUAUGAAAAUAUAACAUGGGCAGUCAGAAAUGUUAUGACUUAUUAUAAUCGCACAAAGUCAAGCUUUUCCUCUCUGCCUUUCCAACUCUUAAGUUGCCAAUCUAGCAGAUAUUUUGAACAAUCACUUGGAUGUCAGUCACAUUAGAAUGUGUGAAUUGAAUGGGUGGCUAAAUGAAUAAUCUGUUUCAAACAACUAAGAACAACUUGUGACUGCCAAUGUUACAAUCUCUUCGGUGAGCUAGCAGGGAUAUAAUUAGACUAGCACUUCUUGCACUUUGCAAACUCUACCACAUUUAACAGAAUCAAGGUACGGACACGUAUUUGGCAGAACAGACUAGAAUAUUUAUUCAAUACAGCCACAAAUGUGAAUGUGUCUGAUAAAUAAUCUGUCAUCAUGUCUUCCCCACAGUCUGCAGGAUCUAAGUAAGUCCACUUGUUAAGUGGGGCUUAUUUGUAGCUUUGGUGACAAAAUCACUUAACAUCAUACAGCAGAGAAAAAUGAAAGGUAAUUCCAAGAAUGCCUACCUGCACACUUGGCUUCUUCUCUGUGGCCUUUGUUCUGUGGUUUCAAAGACCCAGAGAAGGUCAGCGAGAGAUUUUCUGCAUUUAUCAAUCUUUUCCUGAUCAACUUGUUCAGGGAUGCUCUUUUACACACCUGAAGCAGGUAGGACUUAAACCUGGGCCUCCCAGCUCAAAGGUAAGUCACUACUGCUGUACCAUAAGAACCCUCCACUUAUAUUUAUAUUAUGGUUUCUUGCAGAGCCCCAAAUCUUUUCAUGUUGAAUGAAUAGCUUUGUGGAAGAGAACUCGCUUUUGUCAUGGAAGCAGAGUUAGACAAAGCAAGAUCCCAUAAUGAGCAAUUGAGAUGAAUGAUGGGUGAUUUUUGCUGAUGUUGUGUUGGCUGUAGCAGGGCGUGUUGGACGGGAGCUUCUUGCUUUAAAUAUUGCCAGGGGGCCUUGUCUCUCCAGACAGACAACUGGAAACUCCAGUUCAACAUAGGUCCAAGCUGUAAUCUUCAGGAAUUACAGAUACACCUCAUGUGCAGGCUAUGAAAACCAUUGCCAAGGUGUUAAAAAAAAAUCGUUUAUUUCCAUUUACAUUAAAUACUUUGGUCUAUUCGUGGUAAACAUAUUGGAGAUGGGACGAAAGGCCUAGUUGGGUGAGGGAGUUGGUUGAAGACAAUCUGUUACAUGAAUCAUUCAAAAGAGCAUUGGAUGGUCGUUUGGAAAGAAAGGGCAGGCAAGAAUAUGGGGAGAUUGGCACUUGGUAAUAGAACUGGUGUAGUUGCAAUUGGCUGUAUGGCCUCCUUUUGUGCAAUUCUACGAUUCUGCUCAGGAUUUCCAAUAAGAGUUGGCAGCCUUUCAGUUUAUAUGUGUGUAGUUGCCUCUGGAAAUGAGAAGAAUGUUUACUCAUGACAAGAACCUGUUUGUGGAGCCUUGUAAUGCAGGCGGACCGCUGUGCUGUAGCUACCACACAAUCCUGUCUGGCCACCAGCAUAUCCACGUAUCACCUCCUCCUGAAGAUAUUUACAGAUUGAUAAUCAGUCUGCCUAGCUGCAGAAUUACACUCUUUCAGUGGCAAUGAAGCCACUGUGGGACCUCCCCUGGAACUUCUGGUACAGAGGAAGGGAUAUUACCCACCGGAAUGACAAGACUUCCUCUCGCCUUUCAGUUUACUGUCUCAUCUAAAAGAUGGCAUGUCGACCAGAAGAGAACUGCUGUUGGUGGCAUCAGCCUAGCCUCGUGCUGAAGCCCUGGAGUGGAGUAUAAAUGCACAAUCUUCAGGUUUCUCACAAUGGGUCACCUUGUGAAGGGCCAAUCCCGACACACUGCCUGAGCUGUAGGGAGCACAGGCAAGGAAUUCCUGUAUGCAUUUGCAGUCAGCUCCUCCAGCUAAAGUUGUCAACUUGACGUUGGUUCAAUAAGCUGCACUUCAGAAAUCAUAAAGAUAAGACCAAGUAGGGAAUGAUGGCAUUGGGUUUAGAAAGUAACAGUCUUUAAGGUACUAGGACUGUGGGAAUGUUGUGCUCCGGAUCAAACGUGUAAUGGAGGAUAAGUGGGACUAGUUUAGUUUGGGAAACUUGGUUGGCAUGGAUGAAGGCCUGUUUCAGUGCUUUAAUCUCUAUAAUUGGCUACAGCAGGAUAGUGGAGAUUUACUGCAUGUGCUUUGUCGCAGUGGACCAACAUUUUGCCAACCCUCUCCCUCCAGAGAUUUGAUGAUGUUGCAGAGUCAAUGGCAGAACAGAAGGUAUGGGCUUGAGGCCUCAAUUCAGCUGUUCUUCCGCUGUUAUUUCUGGAAUUGAUUUGUUAAUGUGGAAUAGCACAAAUCUUCAGUCCUGUAGCUUAGAGGACACCUGCCCAACUCAGUGGAGGGGUGAUUCCCCGAGGCUGUCCAACAUUUCCAAAAUACCAGGUCAUUCAAGAGGAUGUCACCUCGCUGUGCAUUCACAGAUUAAGGGUAAGACUAUGUCCUUGCCUCAGACUCUGUGUGGGAAGAUGAACCUCACGUUUACUGUGUGUUUCAAAAGGCACUGACUUAUCUUCAAACAACAUCAGAAAGCCUGCACAUCAAAUAGGCAGGUACACAGGAGAUAACUUUGUGUGUUCCCUUGUAUGAAUAUUAAUAGAUAUAAACACAUUCCUUCUCCUCUUGUUUUUGACAUUCCCAAAUAUCAGAGGUUGAGCAUGUUUUCUGUCUGUUCCUUGGGCAGGUCAUUGCCGUGCUGCUCGGUAAUGGGUAUCUUGCUACUGAUUACCCAUGGACCCAAGGUAUAGGGCACACCAUGCUGAGCUGCCUGGUCAGCUCUAGAAUUCAUUCUUAACUAUGCCAACAGACGGCAGUACACAAAUGUUUCUCGAGCUGAAUAUCAUCGCUGGGAGAAAUUAAACAACAAUUGUACAUAUUUUCUAAUUGAUCUGUUCAGAGAUGCUCUUGCACACCUCUGGAACUGAUGUGACUUGUAACCAGGUUCUUCUGGCCCAUAAGUGGGACACUACCACUGUGCCGCAAGAGCGCCCCUAAAACAGCAAUUGUAUGAACUGAGAAAGCAAUUAUUAAAGUACUGAAUGCAGAAUGCAUUUAAAAGAGUGGAGUUAACAUGGCAAAUUCUCCACUUAAUAGAAAAGAGACUAAGAGACUGAGCACUCUGAGUGAUAGUGUACAUGUCUCUGAGCCAGAGCUGACCAGGCAGCUAAGCAUGUUGUGUCCUAUAUCUUGGGUCCAUGGGUAAUCAGUAGCAAGCUUUUCUGAGGGUCUAGGCCCGAAACGUCAGCUUUUGUGCUCCUGAGAUGCUGCUGGGCCUGCUGUGUUCAUCCAGCUCCACACCUUGUUAUCUCGGAUUCUCCAGCAUCUGCAGUUCCCAUUAUCUCUGAGCCAGGAGGCUCAGGCUCAAGUCCCAACUGUUUUAGAGAUGUGCAACAACUUCUCUGACCAGGUUGAUGAGGAAAAUAUCUGGAAAAGAGGUUGAAUGGCCAGGAACAUUCCAAAUGAGUUCACUUCCUCAGUGUAGAAUGUUUCACAAUGGGGCACACAUCUCCAUUUAUACGGACUUGCUUGAACUGUCAGGGUCAUAGACUUUCUCAACAAAUAGGGAGAUUAAUAUUCGAAUGCCAUAACCCAGGCAAAUGGAUUGCCCUGCUCUUAAACAAACAGCUGGUUUUGAACCACUUUUGAAUGUAUCUGUAUACACCAGGGGAGCCAUUUCAGCAAUACAUGCCUGUUUCUGAAUACACCUGGUGAAAUGUAUUUAUUGCCUUCAAUUUUGAUAUUUCACCUUUUUAUAAAAAGUGUGAAGAUAAACCUAAAGAGGAGCAGCUGGCCUGAAGUAUGCAAUGAUACUGUUUGAUACAGUACUGAAUGAUGCAGACCAGGAAUGAACCUGCUUGGAUUUUCUGUCUGUACAGAGUUUACUGGGAAGCUGUUGGGUACGAGCAGGUGGGUGUGUGCAUUAAUAGGGCUAUAGGCCAUAAUUAAGAUGGGGCCAGAAAAAUUCCUGCUCAGUAUUUGGAACAUUUUCUGUUCUCAACACUAGCGAUAUCUGAAUAAUAUAUAAAAACCACACACCUGUUAGAAACUUACCAUGCAAAAAUUUGGCUUAUGAUAGGAAUUGUCAAUGUAAUCUUGUCACAAGGCAGAGAUCGACAAAUUCUUGUUCUCACAAGGAAUCAAGGGCUAUGGGGAGAGUUCAGGGAAGUGGAGUUGAAAUGCCCAUCAGCCAUGAUUUAAAUGGCAGAGUGAACUUGAUGGGCUGAAUGGCCUUACUUCCACUCCUAUGUCUUAUGGUCUUAAGUGCACCCAGGGAUUAUCAGCAACAGUCCCUACUGUAGAUAUGGACGUAGGAAUUCACAAUGGAGAUAUGAAAAUGAAGACAGGAUGGAGACUGGAUUAACCCUGAUCCACUUAUGGUACCUCUCAUAACCCUGCUUCACCCAAAAGCUUGUUUGCAACUGUCAGUAUGACCAAUGAAUAACACGUUUAGUAAAAUAAAUCCACAAACACUGUAGCAGCGACGAUGCCUGGCUCAGUUUGAGCUGAUUCUGUACUUGUCCUUAAGGCUGAAGCCAAAAUGUAGUCCCUCUCUGAGAGACUGCCUGGGAGACCACAAGACAUGCUGUGAAACUACCACGUCAGCACAUUAUUUCUACAUUGCAUCUCACACUCACAAUAUACUGUUCAUGUACUGUGUUGAGUAACAAUUAAAAGUAUGCAGAGAUAAACUGCUAAUGUAGAAAGGUACAUACCUAACAUGCUUUCAAGAAAAUAUGGCCAUUAUUUAACUGAAAGGGACAAAGUAUAAUUGAUUCAUGGGUAACCUACUCUGUCAUCGCAUUUUGCAUGGGCUGCAGACGGCUGUUUAUUUGUGGAGGUCUAUAUUUUCACUGGAGGAAAACCGGGGCGAAACCUAAUUAUUUCAGCCCAUGUGCCAAGAACCAAGUAUUAAGACUAUAGUUGGGCCAUUAUUUGCUGGGGAGCAGUGAGUUUUGUAGUAAAAUGAAAAUUUAGCAGGGAAGUCAUGGUAACAUCUUGAUCCCAGAGUGAUUGUGGUAAAACUCUUUUAGCAAAGAAUAGACACUGAAGAAAUAAACAAGUUGAGACUCCAGGAUCUAAACCAGCCAGCGCAGGCAACAGAGACAGACUGUCAAAUGAGGUAAUGCUAUUGGCCAGACUUAGUGGGGGUAGGCAAGUUAGAUAAUGUUGAUGCCUUUUUGAAUUGUAGGGCAAUGAAUUAGCCACCCCUUUGUGAGAAUUGUUCAGAAUAGAUGGUAGUUAAAGACUCUGUGAUAUGUAUGCACUGUACAUUUUAUUUUUGCCGAUGUAUAAUGUUCUACCCUGCCAUCAUUGUAUAAUGUGAAUACUCAUUUCUUCAACUAAUAAAGUCCUGGUCACUGUGAUUUUACCUUUCUAAAAAUCACAUGAGCGCAUUCAAUGACAAUAAUAA